AUCGGAGCUUGCGUCAUGCUUUUAAGCUCCAAAUAUUAGUAUAUAAAUAUCAAAAUAGGGGCUUGGAGAUUAGUGGGCUUUUAAAACUAGACCGAUGAUUAAUAGUAUGUUCAGUUUCCGAAUGUUGAUAAUUUUUCCAUGUCACUCACUCGGAAAUCUCAAAACAAAAUUAUAAAAAAUCGCUUUCAAAAUUAUCGAGUAUAUAUGAAGCAUUUUCUGAUAAGUCUAAGUACGAGGUAUAAUUUUUUUUAAAGACACUUGUUGAGUCUACCAUCUUCCUUUGAUUUUGUCCAUUUCAUGAUUUUUAGGCCCAGGAAUGACGAAAAACACAACGUUGUCGGAGAAAACGAGAAAAACCUUAAAGGUCAUAGCGCUACGACCGAGCAGCGGGUUAAUGGGCAGCGAGGAGGUCUCGUGUCCACUGAGCCGCCGGGGAGCGCGCUGUGUGGCUAAACACCUCGAUUUCAAGAAAAGGAAAACCUUGGUUUUUGUAAGCGGUUAUUUAGAUGCGUCAUUCUCUCCCAUCUGUAGGGCGGUAGCGAGCCCGUAUCUAGAGCGAGGGACCAACGUCAUUAUUGUGGAAAUCUAUCCGAUUCUUCAUCGCACCUAUCCAGUUGCAGCUCGCCUCACGAAGCCACUAGGACACAUCCUGGGGGAGUUCUUGGUAGAGCUGACUCGUAUGGGACUGACUCCCCAUAAGCUGGAGCUACUCGGAGGCAGUCUCGGCGCGCACAUCGCUUCGUACGCCGCCAUUCGGUAUCAUGAGCUUACGCAUCUGAAACCGGCUAGAUUAACUGGGCUUGACCCUGCGGGUCCAUGUUUCCGUCGGCUGCCGCGCUCGGAGCGGAUCAACCCUGAGGUCGCCCACCAAGUAGACGCGGUGCACACCAACAUCGAUGGCUUCGGCUUACCUGACCCCGUUGGACACGUGGACUUUUAUAUCAACGGAGGUGAAUUCCAACCAGCGAUGGAGUUGAACUAUUUACUGCCUUGUCUCCAACUAUGCAGCCAUGUGCGAGCGGCAAUUUACUGGAUCAUAGCCAAUUACGAGCCUGACAAAUUUCUAGCAGUCCACUGCUCAUCCCUAGACAACGUGCGACGAGGGAAUUGCUACCAGGAACCCAUAUAUGCUAACGUUUUAGGGCCAAAAACCAACUUUAGCAUGGCAGGACUUUAUUACCUACCUACCACAGAGUCCUAUCCAUUUUAUCUGGGUGAAAAGGGUCUAAAGCAGAGGAAGUUUGCCGCGAACAAUUAUUUAUUAAACCUGACGCCUGAUGAAGAUAUUGUUGUAUGAGUAAAGCUUAUAGUUAAACAAGUUUCUUUAAUUUUCAUCAAUAGAUAUUACACAAUACACAUAACUUAGCCCUAAAGUAAGUGUUAUGGCUUAUACUAAGAUAGCAUAGAUACUCGUAUAUCUGCGAAUACUGCAGGGCGAUUCCGCUAAUUGCCACACAUCAACGAAUUUGAACUUUGUUUAUAGGAUGGCAAAGUUAAAAUGUCAAUAUAACAACGAAGUAGCCAUGGAAAUGAGCGAUGUCACAUCGCUGUAACUUUACAGAAUGCAGAGGCUGUGUGAUGUGAACAAUAUGGCCGAUAUUAUGU